UGCAUUUUGGGCAAUAAACUUUCAAUAGAUGUCACUAAAACACAUCUUCCUUAUAAAGCACGACAAGGAAAUAUGAUAUGAAUUGUUGAUGUAAUGCGACACAAUCAUAAAGAGCUGUUAUGGAGGGAUGGAUAUUAUAACUAAUAACUAAUUAUAACUAAUAACUAAUGUUUUGAUAUUUUGACUAAAUGGAACGUGAAAUUAAUCAGUAUUUUCCACCUGACAGUAUCUUUAACGAUGACAGUGAUCUUUCUGAUUUACCGGAUGACAGAGGUUCUGCAUCUUUAUCAAGCACAGAAGAAAAGGACGUGUAUAUUCCACGAGGAAAUAUAGAGUUAACUCAAGUCAACGAUGUGAAUAUAAACAAAUAUUUUUCUCAAAACAGUAUUUUUUUAUCAGAUGACGAGGAAGACAGUUUGGAAACGGAGCCAGUAACCAAACGAUUGACACCGACAUCUCCUCGAAGAAAUGUUAAUCUGCGAGACCUUCAGGAUUUCCACCUAUCAAAAUAUUCAGAGCAGAAGGAAGAUCAAAAUUCUCCAACAAAAACUGUAUUUAGCACUGAACUGGAGGUACCCGAAAUACCAACGAUAAAGAUAGAAAAAACGGAAAAUGACUUCUUGGAUCAAAACUUAUAUGAUACCCCGCCACCACCUCUCCCAAACAAGAAAAGACGUACAUUAGAUGUCCCAGGAGAUCGACAAUCGGAAUGUGAUCAAAAUAAAAGUAGAAGAGGAAGCUGUCCAGGUUUUAUCGGAACAUGGGAAAGAGAUUCCCUCCUACAGGAGAAGUUUGAUAAUCUUUUAGCCAAUGAAGGUUUAGGUUGUUCAGACUAUGAGGUUAUAUCGAGUGGCUUUCUUUGUAAAAGCAAAACACGAAAAAAGACUUUAAGAGAGAGGCUGCUGUCGGUAUUUCCAAAUCGUAUUUAUCUUUCAUCCAGUGAUUCAGAACUCGACAACACAACAGCACAAAAUAUGAGAGAUUCAACUUUAUCUCAUACAAAAAAGAUUGGUGACAAAAGAUCUCAUCAUAAUAUAUGGACUGUUAAAGAUAAAAUUUGCUCCAAAUACAGAGAAAUUCGAUCGGCAGCUUGUUCAAAAACUGGACAAAGUUGUAGCAAUCUCUUGGAAUUAGAGUCUACAUUUUGUGUUCCUGCAGGUUGUUCAAACGUGUCCUCGAUAAUACCGUAUGAUUCUGGACAAUGCUGGGUAGCGACGGAUGCAUCAGAGAGCAUACUCCUGUACGACAGGAAUGGAGACUUAAUGGACUUCGUUAAUGUUGGCUGUCCAGUGGACUCCCUAGCUACUGACAAAGAUGGCAAUGUGUUUAUGUCGUGUCCAGAUUUGAAACAAGUUCGCAUGGUUGACCGUCAUCGACAUAUGAGAACUUUUCUGGAUAUGACACAAUACCCACGAGGCAUCGCCUACAUGCGACUAGAGGACUCUAUACUAGUAUGUAGAAACAACAACAAGAUAGCUAACGAUCUUACAGUGAAGGCAUGCAAUCCACUCAGAAAAUAUCCUAUCCGUGGACCAAAGUCAAGUAAACCACGGGAUACAGAUGUAGCUGAAAAUAUGUUUGGUUAUCCUUUCCGAGUUUGUGUGAAUGUUAACGAUGACUGCAUAGUGUCUGAUUUUGCUCAUCGUUCAAUCACGGUUUUGGACUCAGCUGGGAGAAUCCGCUUUACCUUCAAAUCAUCCAAAGACUUUCCCAUUCGAAACCGCCAUUCCGUUUGUUGUGAUCAGAAAGGAAACAUUUACAUUUUUUCGAAAGGUACACCAAAUGUCUGUGUAUUGGAACCAAGUGGCAAUAUCAAAGAUUUAUUUUCCUGUCAAGACCUUAUGAAUGAGUCAGUGUUUGCCUCCGUCUUUGAUUCUGACGACUAUUUAUGGGUGGCUUGCAUGGAUGGAUUCAUCAAAAUUUUUCAAAAAAAUUUAAUUCAGUAAAAUCAUAAUUAAAGUUAAUUCUAUGGUAAUCUAGGAUAUUCUUUCCUUAAUCCACAAAUGUCUUUCUUUUGAAUCCCUUGAUUGGUUUUUCAUGUACCUUUAAGAAUUUUAUCAUGUUUGAACUCCAUAGAUUGCUAGCUGAAUGCACGUAUUCGAUACUUAAUGCCAUUAAGCAAUGAGAGUUCCUUUUCUGCGACACGUGACCUUGGAUUAAUAGGCUUCAUCAGAGGAUCUGUUUUCAUGUUCAAGAUCUAAAAUAAAUUUUAAGACUUAAUGUAUGACUAUGACGUGUUUAAAAUCCAUUGAUGAACUUUAUAUGGAUAUAACGAACCAUAUGCAAGUUCAAAAGUCCAUAAAACAAUACAAAAUGGGGGCAGAGCUAUCAAGGACCUCCAAAACAUCAGAGGUUGGACCAGUUGCCUUGGAUGACUGAGCAUACCCUGCCGACUGAUCACUCCUGCCGUGUGAUAUUAUUGAUAAAAACAAAGAGUAAAAAUACAGUACUACAAAAAAUAUAAGGUUGAUAUUUGAAAACGAAAUUUGCAAACAGGUUUAAAAAUGUCUUUGCAAUUUAUUAUUUCUAGGGUGUACCCUUGCGUUUCUCAUUUUACAUCUUUGAAUAGAAUGUGUGCAAAGGAAGUUCAGUACAACAUUGAAAAAACGAACCCAGGGUCAUGUUUAUUUACAUAUACUUAUGAUUAAUGCAUUUAAGAGAAUAAUUUUGUAAUUCUCUGUUUGUAAAUAUCUGUAAAUAAAUGAGGAGAACUUUCUUUUGUGUCUGUGUAAGGGUGUGUGGGUGCACGUGUUUGUGAGGCUAAUUGUCAAAAAUUUAAUUGGUUCUGCCUUCAAGCAGUUUUUUUAUUGUCUCCACUCCAACUUAUUUUCAUUGAUUUUACAAUAAUUA